GUCCCACGGACCAUUCUGUUCUUUCUUUCUCUCUUUCUAAAAUGCUCACACCAAACCAACACCGUCAACAAACACAUCGUCUUCACAUAUUUCAUGUAUUCCUCGUCACUCAUCUCUAGCUUCAUCACACAUUCUGUUUAUCUCUUUCGUUAGGUUAAACUUCAACCUACCUACAAUAAACCUUCUCUAAUCCAUGCCAGUCAACUCUACACUCCACACAAUAGGUGAAUUCAACGUCUCAUGCUCUGCAUUUCCGAUUCUCGUUUCUUAAACUGAUGCAGUAUGUAUCUACCUUCUUAACUUAACUUAAGUCUAACUUUCAUCUUCUUCAUCGUAAUCGAAAUCGCAAACUGCAUGUUAUUGGAAAACGUGCUUCCGUAAAGGUAAUCGAAUAUAAUUAGUAUUUCCUAAUUGAUCGAGUUUUCCCCAAAUUGUUACUGAAAAUUGCGCCUCAUUUCGGUCCAAUCGAUUCUCUUUGACUCGGUAUUCAUUUCAGGUUUUCAGUAGACAGUAGUAUGAUAGGUCUUGGUGGUUGAUUUCAAGAGAUUGUGGGUCCGAUGAAUAUUAAUUACGAUUGUGAUAGAGAUAGUGGCUCAGUAUUAUGUCAGCUGGUGCCAUUCUGUAAUAACUACGUCUACGAUCAUCGAUUGUGAUUCUUAUUAUAUACUACUGUUGUUGCUUUAUCAAGCUCCCUCCAUGGAAGAUUACAUGCUCAUUAAAAGCCAUCUUUCAUUGGAUUUGGAUGAUCAACUGAUGAAUUCCCAAACCUUUGUCAUGAAAAUGGUGGAAAAUGUAGAAGAUCCUUAUUCUGUGUGCAUUGAAAAAGAUGUGGAUAUCGAGAAGGGGAAGUCAGAGACACCUGGAAUCAAUCAAGAAACUGUUGGUGACUUAAAGAAUGAGGAAGGACAGAUGUUGCUGAUGAAUCACAACCUGAUCUUACCCAAGUUCUCUAUUCGAGAGGCACCCAGAAUGAGGAAAUACAAGCGUUCUUCUUCCUUCAAUUCAAGAAAAGUCCUUCUUCUGUUCUCAGUAUUGUCAAGCUUGGGAACUAUUAUACUUAUAUAUCUGACACUGAGAGUUAAACAAAUUGGUGAUUGGUGAUGCCUCUAUCCAUUCCAUAUAUAAAAACUUAAACUUACUUUAUAUUCAUUCACUUAGAGAAUGUUAGUUUAGGGUUGUGUUUUUUCAUCUGCUAGGAUAGUUUUUGAAUGUUUUGAAGCAUCUUGUGCUUUCAGAUGUAGAUAACUUGAGGAUAGUGUCAUGUAUGUAUAAAUCUAAUUAAUAUAAAUGUUGUUUUUGUGUUAAAAA